GAAAAUUGAGUUCGGGCGCCGGACCCGCUAUGCGCGGCAGCGGUCGGCGUCGCGGCGGGGCAAAACGCGAAUUUCGCGCGGCGUCGCGCGCCUAGUGCGUAGUCCUCCCGUGACGUUUGGGGAAUCGCGAGGCGUCGUUUUUCGGUAGCCCUCAACCCGGGCAACGCUUAAGUAAUUUCGUCCCAGGACGACGGUCGGCGGCGCGUCUAGUAGGCCCCGGCGUCAUUCCAAAGUCUCGUGGUUAGCGGUGGUGGGGGGUUCGCCGUUCGGCACUAAUCUAAUCGCUACUCUGUGCGUUAGGAGUGCGGUGCGAUUUCGUUAGUAGGGGGUUAGACGAAAUUUAAUUUCUUAUAAAUAUCGAGUGCGGGCGGCGCGUAACGUCAAAGCGCGGUUACGGGUGACACGUCGACGUGUGUUGUGUGUUGCGGCGAGGCGAAUCUUAACCGUGCCGUUAGAAAACGAUCCGCGAAUCUUCGAUGGUCGAGCAUGACUAUUUUUGUAACGCUACUCGCUUUUAACUUGCUCGCGAUACGAAAGUUCCGGAAAAGGAAACGGCUGAAGACGUGACAGAAGUUUUAAGGUUAUUUAUUCCCGUUGUACAUAUAAUUUAUUUUUCGUACCUCGAUUGUUUUCGCGCGAGACAUUUCCCGUUUCCGAUUAUCGAAAUGAACGGCACGGCGAGAAACGGCAACAGUUACCCCAACACGCAUUACACUGCCGUGUUCGAGCAAGACGCCACGGCGAAGAGAAAAAAGCCGGGGUUGUUUGGCACCAGACACUUCGUCACCUUCAUGUUAUUCUUGGGCAUGGCGAACGCGUACAUCAUGAGAACCAACAUGUCGGUAGCCAUUGUGGCAAUGGUAAACCAUACCGCGAUCGGUACCGAGCACAAUUCUUCCGAAUCGGUGGACACCGAGUGCGGCAUCGCUGUAAUGGAUAAUGCCUCAUCAACUGCGACCGCGUCCGCUAAGGAAACGGACGGAGAGUUCGUAUGGGAAACCGACAUCCAAGGCUACGUGUUGUCCUCCUUUUUCUACGGUUACGUCAUAACUCAGAUCCCAUUCGGGAUAUUGGCAAAACGCUACGGCAAUAUCUACUUUCUCGGCUACGGGAUGCUGAUCAACUCGGUGUUCGGUCUGCUGGUGCCUUUCGCCGCCAAGAUGGGUAUUUGGUGGCUAAUUGUGGUCAGGUUCAUUCAAGGAUUGGGUGAGGGUCCGAUUGUCCCAUGCACGCACGCUCUGCUGGCAAAGUGGAUCCCCCCUAACGAGAGGAGUCGUAUGGGCGCAUUCGUAUACGCAGGUGCCCAAUUCGGUACCGUCAUCUCGAUGCCGCUCUCCGGCCUCCUCUCCGUCUCCCAUUACGGAUGGCCUUCGAUUUUCUACGUAUUCGGCGCAGUAGGAACCGUCUGGUGUAUCGCAUUUCUCAUCUGGAUCUACGAAGAUCCCGAUACGAACCCGAAGAUUAAUCCGGAAGAGAGGGUGUACAUUCAAAAAUCGCUAGGCAGGAUCGUUGGCACCGCUAUUCCUCCGAUUCCGUGGGUGUCGAUCGUCAAAUCGCUACCGUUCUGGGCCAUAUUGUUGGCCCACAUGGGCCACAACUACGGCUACGAGACCCUGAUGACGGAGCUGCCUACUUACAUGAAACAAGUGUUACAUUUCAGUAUUAAAGAUAAUGGAAUUUUGUCCGCCCUGCCGUAUCUCGCUAUGUGGCUCUUCUCCAUAUUCAUAAGUCACGUGGCCGAUUGGAUGUUAACCAAACCUUACUUUACCAUUACCAUCGUUAGGAAAAUAAUCAAUGGCAUCGGUCAGUUCGGACCGGCAGUAGCUUUAUUCGCGGCCGCGUUCACCGGUUGCGACCGGUGGCUGACGGUGGCCAUCUUGACCGUCGGCGUGGGUCUGAACGGCGGCAUCUACUCCGGCUUUAAAGUGAACCACCUGGAUAUUUCACCUCAGUUCGCCGGCAUCCUGAUGUCUUUCACCAACUGUCUGGCGAACCUCGCUGGUUUAUUGGCUCCAAUUUACGCCGGUAUCAUGGUAAAGGGAACGCCCAGCAUAGCCAAGUGGAGGAUAGUGUUCAUCACGGCCGCGGCGGUAUACGCGUUCUGUUGUAGUUUCUAUGUGAUAUUCGGAUCCGGUAAGAGGCAAUCUUGGGAUCAAGCUCGGGAGGAGUCGUCCGAGGAAAAGAAGAAGGACCAAGAGGAACCGGUCAUGGUGACCACCCAAACGUAACGGUUACGGUCGCGUCCGCAGCCGAUCAAUGUGAUUUUAAAUAGAUAGGUUCAACUAUUUUUAGAUGUAGUCCUAGAUUCUUUUGAGCCUUCGGAUUUUGCCGUCCCAAAGCAACUUUGUUCCCCGAAAUUGCGGACUCGCAAUUUUUUUCUUUUAGUGUUUAGUCUGGACCGGCGAAUUCGCGGGGUUAGUUACGUCGUUAAUUAUAUUUUUGUAAGUGAACUUUAACAAGGCGUGCCUUAAACGAUGUUAUUUUUUUCCAAGCAAAGUGUACAUAACGAUCGCAGGAGUAAGUGUGGGAGAGACAGAAGGAGGGAUGUUUUAAAAUGAAGUUUGCGCAUUGUUUUUAAAUUAUUUAUGGAAUACAUGAGAACCAACAAUUUUUUUUUUAAUAAAUAUAUCCUGA